AGAGAAAAAUGUUUAGUCAUUCGAAUCGUUGUCUCACUUGCAGAAUAAAAUAUGACUUUUUUUUAUGGGAAAAGGAAGUCUCCGGUCUUACACCGUGGAAGUCUAGAGUGGUUUAUUGAAAAUAGAGCCGUUGCUGAUGGUUAUGGAAAUACCAUCCCGUUUUUUCCCACGUAUCUGGAAUGCAGCAAUAGGCCGGCACAGGGGACAGGACAACAUGGCUGCUUCUGCGGGCCGAUACUACGGAGAAGGUGGCAGAGCAACGAAAAGACAGAAAACUGAAGACGGAGGAAUGACAACGGAGAGCUACGAUGACCCUCACAAACCGCUCCCCUCCCCGGUGGUGCAUAUCAGGGGUUUGGUGGACGGUGUCAUGGAGGCUGACCUGGUGGAAGCCCUGCAAGAGUUUGGCACCAUCAGUUUUGUGGUUAUGAUGCCCAAGAAGCGGCAGGCCCUGGUGGAGUAUGAGGACAUGAACGGCUCCUGCAAUGCUGUUACUUAUGCAGCAGAGAACCAGGUUUACAUUGCAGGUCACCCUGCCUUCAUCAACUACUCAACUAGUCAGAAGAUUUCCAGACCAGGAGACUCGGAUGACACUCGGAGCGUCAACAAUGUUCUGCUGCUCACAAUUAUAAACCCCAUCUAUCCCAUUACCACGGAUGUACUCUACACUAUUUGUAACAACUGUGGUCCUGUACAGAGGAUUGUCAUCUUCAGAAAAAACGGUGUUCAGGCCAUGGUCGAAUUUGAUUCGGUCCAAAGUGCCCAGAGGGCUAAAGCCUCUCUUAACGGGGCAGACAUCUACUCUGGCUGUUGCACCCUAAAGAUUGAAUAUGCCAAGCCAGCGCGACUCAAUGUCUUCAAGAAUGACCAGGACACAUGGGACUACACAAAUCCCAACCUGAGUGGCCAAGAUGCUGAUGGUGAAGGCAAUUGGAACAAUUCACAAGAUCCCAAUGCCAAUCCUAACAAACGGCAGAGGCAGCCUGCUCUUCUGGGCGAUCACCCACCUGAUUAUGGUGGACCACAGGGAGGGUAUCAUGGCUACAACGAUGACAGCUAUGGCCCCCCUCCUCCCCAUCGCAUGGGGCAAGGCAUGGGUGGGCGUGGUCGGGGUAACCAGCGCUACGGUCCUGGAUAUGGACCGCCACCGCCCGAGUACGGUCCUCACGCUGACUCUCCAGUUCUUAUGGUAUAUGGCCUGGAGCCCUCUAAGAUCAAUGCUGACAAGGUCUUCAACAUCUUUUGCCUGUAUGGCAAUGUAGAGAGGGUCAAGUUCAUGAAGAGUAAACCUGGAGCAGCAAUGGUGGAGAUGGGAGACUGUUACUCUGUGGACAGGGCCAUUACUCAUCUGAACAAUAACUUCCUUUUUGGACAGAAACUCAAUGUUUGUGUGUCCAAGCAACAGGCUAUAGUGCCCGGACAGUGCUACCAGUUAGAGGACAACACAAGCAGCUUUAAAGAUUUCCAUGGAUCACGCAACAACCGCUUCACCUCACCAGAGCAGGCGGCUAAAAACCGAAUCCAGCAUCCGAGCAACGUCUUACACUUCUUUAAUGCACAACCCGACAUCUCUGCUGAGAUCUUUAAUCAGGUCUGUGAUGAACUUGGAAUCAAGAGGCCCACAAGUGUGAAACUUUUCACUGGAAAGAGUGAGCGCAGUUCAUCUGGCCUGCUUGAGUGGGAAUCCAUCAAUGAUGCCAUGGAAGCACUAGCUAUGAUGAACCAUUAUCAGAUGAAAAACCCUAGUGGGCCUUACCCUUAUACACUGAAGCUGUGUUUCUCGACUACACACCAUGCCAACUAAAUCUUCCUUGAAACCAUUUGUAAUGUUUUCUGUCUUUGGAUAGAGCAUACUGCAGCUCUGUUUCACGUACCAUUAAAGCUGUGUUGACAAUAAUUAGGAUUAACGUGCUUUAGAAAAUGUUACUUAAAUUAUAAUUUUUUUUAAAAUAAUUUAUUUUACUUUUACCAUGUUCUUCAACUUGUUGUUUAUUUUGUAUGUUCACAACACUACGUUUGAUCGCCCGCCACCUUCUGUCUUUUGGUUAUUAAAUAAAGCCAACAGUAACCAUAAUGUUGCUAAUAAUUUAACCAGUGUCACAUAAUCAGAGAUUGUGUUGUAUUAUUUCUUCAAAUCCAUUCUUGAAAAUAAAAUGCAUUCUCUCAAA